ACUCAGAAGGCGGAGCCGUUGCCUGAGUACAUCUGUGGUUUCUUCUCAAACCUGUAGUGACAUCUGACUGUAGCCUGUAGCUCAAGUGAUCCAGUCCGCUGGGUUUGUAAAAAAAAAAAAAAACAGCAAAAAAAAAGAAGUGUCUGAAGUUUUUUCAACUUUUUAAAUUAUCCUGCAGUGCACUUCGACAGAGAACACAACUUGUCAGGCGACAGAGUGAGAAGCGCAUCUUCAGGUCGGAGAGGAGAGAGCGCGCAGAUGGCAGCCCUCAUCAGCGCGUACUCGUCGUGGCCGGAGUCCUUCGAGUGUCCUGCGGGAGACGGGGACGUGCCCGACGGACAUGGCCCCCACAGAAACCCCGUGGACAAGGCGCCGGAGCCCCGGAUCAGGCGGCCCAUGAACGCGUUCAUGGUGUGGGCCAAAGAUGAGCGCAAGCGGCUGGCGGUUCAAAACCCAGACCUGCACAAUGCCGAGCUCAGCAAAAUGUUGGGCAAGUCCUGGAAGGCCCUGACUCCCCCUCAGAAGAGGCCCUAUGUGGAGGAAGCAGAGAGGCUUCGGGUGCAGCACAUGCAGGACUACCCCAACUAUAAGUAUCGGCCUCGCCGGAAGAAGCAGCUGAAACGCAUCUGCAAGCGAGUGGACCCUGGCUUCCUCCUAAGCGGGCUGGCCCCUGAUCAGAACGCCCUGCCCGACCAGCGGGCCCUCUGUCACCCCCUCAACAAAGACGAGGGCAGCCCUAAUGGUGUCAGCAGCAGGUUUUCCAGCCCCAGCCCUGUUCUGCCGAGUGUCAGAAGCUUCAGAGACCCAGCCGGUUCCAACAGCAGCUUUGACACUUACCCCUAUGGCCUGCCCACUCCUCCUGAGAUGUCCCCCUUAGAUGCCAUGGACCACGAGCAUGUACCCUCCUCUUAUUAUUCGACAUCUGGUAGCUCCUCCGUCUCCUGCUCUUCCUCAGCCUCCUGUCCAGAUGAGCACCACCAGAAUCAGACACACAUGGUCAGCCCGCCCCCUUAUCACACUGACUACCCUCAGACCCAGAUCCACUGUGGGGGCACACAUAUAGGUCACAUCCCUCACAUGUCCCAAACUGGAAGUGGCGGUGGACUGAUCCCUGGCCAUCCGCUGUCUUACUACAGUACCUCAUCUUUCACCCAGAUUCACCACGGGCUCCACCAGGGCCACCUGGGUCAGCUGUCCCCCCCACCAGAGACACAGGGUCACCUGGAGACCCUAGAUCAGCUGAGCCAGGCUGAGCUUCUGGGUGAGGUGGACCGCAAUGAGUUUGACCAGUACCUGAACUCCACCGGGGCCGGGUUCCACCCUGAGCAGGGCGGCAGCAUGACUGUUACAGGACACAUACAGGUGGCGUCUGCCGCCAACGCUUCAGUCACUACGUGCCCCAGCAGCACCACAGAAACCAGCCUCAUUUCCGUGCUCGCAGACGCAACGGCGGCCUACUACAACAACUAUGGUAUCUCGUAAGCUUGGUUACAGCGCCCAUUACAUUUGCGACUGAUCAGAGACACUGCAGGGUUUAACAUGGGCAAAGACAUUUGGGAGGAUGCUGCACCUGGGUGCUAGUAAAGGGAAAUAUUUCUGUGCCCUCAUCUGUAAUUUCAAAUCCCGUAUUAGCAUCUAAGAGCAACUUCCUCCCACCGUGAUUAAAACCUGAACUGAUUACUGAGCAAUAUGAUUGUCUGGAGCCGAGGAAAGAACAAAGAGGAAUAUUAAGAAAAGGAGAUGGACAACUCAGGGAUGCAGACACAAAAUACUAUAGUAUGCCACCUCCAGUUGUCAUGAAAUUUCUAAACCAGAAGAACAGUCGUAAAGACUUUCCGUCCACUUGUAAAUGUCACCAGUUACUGUUGCCACUGCGGCAUGUACAGAUGCUCUUUAGAAGCUAAUUUAAGUCCUUUGAUGUUUUGCAUAAAUGCUAACUGUAAUGCUAUUAUCAACGCUUUCCAUUCGAAUGUUUGUAUUAUAUGUUCUCGCUCUCAUUAGCUUGGGAGUCUUACCUCAGUAGUUGUAAUUGAAUGAGGUUUUAGUUGGACAUUUCUUAUGCAAUUUAACAAGACGGUGUAUAAUGAAGAAAAAAGGCGUUUAUACUUCUCAAGUACUUAAUAAUAUAUAAUCAUAACCUCUACAAUGAAAAAUAAUAAGGGUAACUAUAACUGUAUGCUGAUUUUAGGUUUGUGAAAGACAAUAAUUUAAAAUAAAGUUCAAUUUUUAUAUAAAUGCAGUUGCUGCUUGGAUAAUGUGCCCACAGACAACUUAUAACAACAAAAGAAUUACUUUUUAUUAUUUCAAUUAUUACACCUAAACAGGGGGAGAUUGGUAAUAACUGAUACACCACUUAAAAGGCAUUAUGCAAUAGCAGAUGAAACACAUUACUUCUCAUAUUGCACCCAAUUAAUACAUCAGAUUCCUGAAUGAAAACAAUAAAAGAAAGUAGGACUCCU